GCCAUGGCCGGGGAGGCUGAGGCGCGGCCGCCUGAGGAGACUUUGUCGCUCUGGAAACGGGAGCAAGCCCGGCUGAAGGCCCUUGUCGUGGACGGGGACACGGAGGCGUGGCAGCGGGACGCCGCCUUCUCGGGGCUGCGGAGGGUCGGGGGCGUGGACGUGUCCUUCCUGAAGGGCGACAGCGUCCGCGCCUGCGCGUCCCUGGUGGUGCUCAGCUACCCCGAGCUCGAGGUGGUGUAUGAGGACUGCCGCAUGGUUAGCCUGCCGGCUCCCUACGUGUCGGGCUUCCUGGCCUUCCGAGAGGUGCCCUUCCUGGUGGACGCGGUGCGGCGGCUGCGGGAGAAGGAGCCCCGCCUUGUGCCCCAGGUCCUCCUUGUGGAUGGAAAUGGGCUUCUCCACCACCGAGGCUUCGGAGUGGCCUGCCACCUCGGCGUCCUUACAGACUUGCCCUGCGUCGGGGUGGCCAAGAAGCUUCUGCAGGUGGACGGGCUGGAGAAUGACGCCCAGCACAAGGAGAAGAUACGACUUCUACAGGCUGGAGGAGACUCAUUUCCUCUGGUAGGAGGCUCUGGGACCGUCCUGGGCAUGGCCCUGAAGAGCCACGACCGCAGCAGCAAGCCCCUCUACGUCUCUGUGGGCCACAAGAUAAGCCUGGAGGCUGCCGUGCGUCUGACCCGAGGCUGCUGCAGGUUCCGGAUCCCAGAGCCCGUGCGACAGGCUGACAUCCGCUCUCGAGACUACAUCCGCAGGACCCUGGGAGCCCCGGGGCCCCCCGCACCAGCACAGGAGAGGAGCCAGAAGGCACAGGGGCAAAAGGUGUGCCCCAAGGGAGAUUCGGAAGAGCCCGAAGGUGAGGACAGGCCCCCUGAGGCCCACAGCUGAGGCCCCAAGACACACCACAAAGACCAGCAGCGGCAGUGGGGGAGCUGAGCCAGACACGGUGAAGCGCUCGGGCUGCCCGGCUUCCCGCUCCUGCCCGGAGCUGUGGGUCCCCAGCUGUAGGCCUCAGCACACGCUGGCCACUCCGGCGACGGGGACGGCUGUAGGCUUGGCCCUGCUGGGUGGGCCCGGGCAGUGGUCUCUCCUGCUCCAAGGUCUCGGGCACGAGGCUGUCAGGAGCCUGCAGGAGACAGAUCUCCCGCCACAGAGCGCCGGCCCCAGGAGGAGCCCGACAGUGCUCUCCCAGGGCCCAGGAAGGGCAUUUAAGGUUCUGGGGGUUCUUUGAUGUAUUUUGUUUUUGUUCUUAAAGUGCCCGGGUGGGCUUAGGGCUGCCGGACUGUGUGUCUAUCCCGGCUGCUCA